AUGUCUAAUGCCACAGUGAGGAACUUCUGUACAUAUCAAUGUGCUAUGACAUUUCAGGGCCAAUACUCAGAACACCCCCCAUUGGUAUCAGAGGAAACAUUAGAACAGUCAAAAGCUAUACCAAUCGGUGCGCCCAGACAAAUUUACCCUUCGGACAAAAAUGAUGCGAAAAAUGUACAGCGGAACUCAUCACCACUGCCUGUUAUAUCGAAUGUGCAGUCCUUACCACCCCCGCAACUCGUGCUCAUUCCAACAACGAGAAAGUCAGCCGAAGGCAUAAUGAAGGAGAUGAAUAAAAUUCACGAUAAAAUUCAGACGGAUCCUUUGGAGACGGAAAUGCCUAUGAUAGCGGGAAUGGUGGCUGGUGACAAGAAAAGUGAUCAUAUUGAUUUAGAUACUGAUGAUGACAAUGGUUAG